AUGCGUCCAGCAGCCCUUUUUUCCGUUGCCGUUGCCGCUCUGGCAUCCCUGGCUCAAGCAAACCGACAUACCAAGAGGCCCAAGGAGAUCAAGGAGGGAUGCUGGUACGAAUGUGAUGACAGGUGCUUCGAAAAGACCUGGACUCUUCUCGACCUUUCAAUAUAUAAGAAUUGCAUGGGAUGGUGUCUUCAGCAUAACGCCAUGAGUAGAUUGGACGACUGCGUUCAUUUAAACGCCAUUGGCGGCGGUCUGCUUGGGUAG